AUGUCCAAAUCAGACUACCCUCCGAGUUACGAUGAAUCCCAUGUCCCACCUUAUGCACCACAGGAUGGGAAUUACCCAGCACCUCCAGCAUAUGGCUUCCCUUCUUUUGGCGGACCUCAGCCAGGCCAGCCUCCUGCUCCUUAUCCCACCGGGCCAAACACUCCUCUUUACCCAGGUCAGCCACAGGGCUAUCCCCCUGGUCCAUACCCAGGACAGCCAAAUCCUGCUGGGCCCCCAGGAGCCGGCUAUCCCGGUCAGCCCCCAAUGCCUCCCAUCAUCCCACCUACCAUGCCUUCGGAUGUUUUGAGCUCUGAUGAUGAUUUUGCUGCGAGGGGAAGCGAUUGGGAUAGUUUGAGCGUUCGGCACGCUUUCAUCAGAAAGGUCUAUUUGAUUCUGGCUUUGCAACUCCUUGUAACAACAGCCAUUGUGGCCGUAUUCACUUUUGUCCAUCCGGUCAGGAUGUUUGUACAGCGGAACCAGGCUAUCUACUGGGCAUCAUAUGCUGUGUACUUCAUUACCCACCUUGUUUUGGUUUGCUGCAAGGGCCCCCGGAGGAAGUUUCCAUGGAACCUGAUAUUGCUCUCCAUUUUUACCCUGGCUCUUUCCUAUAUGGCUGGUUCCAUAUCGAGUUACUAUGACACAUCGGCAGUCUUUCUUGCUUUGUCCAUCACUGUUGUCGUCUGCAUCGCUGUCACAGUCUUCUGCUUCCAGACCAAGGUGGACUUCACCAAAUGCCGGGGCUUCUUCUGUGUGCUUGGGAUUGUCGUCUUUGUGACCGGCAUCAUCACCGUAAUCGUGCUGUCUUUCAAAUAUAUCUACUGGCUUCACAUGCUCUACGCUGCUAUCGGAGCCAUAGCGUUCACUCUGUUCUUAGCGUACGACACACAGCUCCUCAUCGGCAACAGGAAGUACUCCAUCAGUCCAGAGGAAUACGUAUUCGGUGCUCUUUCCCUUUAUGUCGACAUUGUGCAGAUUUUCCUUUUCCUGCUGCAAAUUUUUGGUUCAAGCAAAUAA